UAUCCAGAGGCGAGAGAGUGGGGAUGUGUUCAGGAAUCAGGAAGAAGCCCAGGGUGGUUAGUGUGGGAGGUGGGAGUGGGGCAGGAAAAGUAGGACAAGGUGAAUGCCAGAAUGGGGGCCUGUUUCUAACUGUUGUAAAGGGGGCCAUGCGAUGCGGGGAGGAGCCCCACCUAAUUGCAGUGUGAGGGAUUUUGGAAUCAUUUGUCCCAAGCAGAGUUUAAAAUGGAGAUGGCAAGUGAAGUGCAGAAAUCUCUUUGUUCUAGAAGCUGGGGUCCCACCCUGGAGACUUCUUUGGGUGAGAAGUUGAAGAGUCAGGAUGGAUGAGAUGACCUUUCAGAUCUGUGAGGUUUUUUCAAAAGAGCAAGUUCCUGCUGAAAGGCCUGUUUCUACGCUCCAAGCUGCUCUCAUUUAACUAGAGUGCCCCAUCCUGGCCUGUCUUUGUGGGUUCAAGGAAGGACCUUUGCUUCAAACAUCUGCCCAGCUACUUUGACUUGUUAGCAGAAGUUAUACCCCUCCCUGAAAUAUGUGUCAUGCCUUUGGUUUUACACAAUUGUCACCUGGUUCCCACUCUCCCUUCCCCUGUUCUGUCCCAGAGUUACCAGAGAUGUGAGAAAGGACAGUGCUCCAGCAUCAGUCAGAGGUCAAGGCCAGGCUUUGUCUGUGGCCAUAUGCAAGCCUCAGGGUAGAGCUAAAGUGAUCACACUCGCCCCAGCUCAGGUGUCAGAGGUCAGCCUGGAAUCUGAACGCAAUUCUUAGCUUAUACUCAGCCUUAGUGCUCAUUCUGGGGGCAGGGGCAGUGCUUAGUUUGUGGCUAAAUUCUAGUCUUGGUAGGUACAUGGGUCUGCGUUUCCCGGUAGCUCACACACUCACAGGUGAGAUGAGAUAACUCAGGCUUAGAAACCUAGCUAUAGCAGUGACCCAGGACUUGGGUGGACCAAAUCCAUGGUGAUAACAGGGGUCAUCCGGUAAGCCAGUGAUAGCGCUGGGACUGGAACCCAGGAUUCCUGCCUCUGAGCCUAGGGCCCUGAUCACUGUCUCCCAAAGUCUGUUCUGAAUCUGGGAUCCUUAAAUUCUAGGAGGCAAAGCAAAUUUGCCUGAGCUCUAGAUGGGCCCCGCUGGGUAGAUCUGACUAUACUCUCCUACCUCCCUGUGCCAGGCGCGUAGUAGUUGCUCUAGGAAUGUCUACUGAGUGUCAGGUGCAAGGGGAGGAGCCAGUGGCUUGUUAGAUUUGGGGCUGGAAGAGACUGGCUUGGAGGGGAGGAUCUCCAGCCGUUGUGAGAGGAAGCAGUGCCCUUGUAGGCCUGCUGCCCUCCCCCUCCUCCCGUGCUUGCAGCCACACUCAGAAGCCGCCCAGCUGGCAGCUGGAGGGCUCUUUCCUCUUUCAGGGUGAAAAAAAAGGAAAGGACAUUUUUGGUAGAAAAGUUCCCUGCUGCUCCCUGGGAAUCCCCGGUGAGCGGAUGGACUACGGGAUAUCCCACAGGAAACCGAAGGCUGCCCACCCCCGCCCCCCGCCUCCACCCCCAGUCACAAUGCUGUGAGGCUCUCCCACACUGCACCAGCUGGCCAGGAGGGGCUCCCAAAGGUCAUCUCAUCCAGGCCCUUGUCUGCUGGUGGGCCUGCAGGGAGCCUCUGUGACCUCUUUCAUGACCAACAGCAAGUCUGAGGAGCACCUGUUUCAAGUCCCAGCCAGCCCUUUGUGAGAUGCAAUGAAAGCAGAAAAGAAACAAACAAGAUGGGAGGGCUGUGGGGGAUUAGCAAGGGCAACUAAGGUAGCCUGGAAAGAGGGCGGGGCACUGGACCUAGGGGCUGAGGACUUAGAUUCCAGGCAGAGGAUGCAGUGGUUGAGCAAAGGCUGAGAGGUGCCAGAGAAAUGAUGAAUUGGGAAGUCAGAGCCCAGUUGAUAAGGCCCUGACUGCCAGCUCCCCCAUGCUCUUGUCCUUGGCAGGGUAUCUUCAGGUCCAAGCCCCUGGACACCAGCCCCAGGCCCAGCUGGCCAUGGCCCUGUGCCUGAAGCAGGUGUUCGCCAAGGACAAGACGUUCCGGCCGCGGAAGCGCUUUGAGCCCGGCACACAACGCUUUGAGUUGUACAAGAAGGCACAGGCCUCGCUCAAGUCAGGCCUGGACCUGCGAAGUGUGGUGAGGCUGCCGCCCGGGGAGAACAUCGACGACUGGAUCGCCGUGCACGUGGUGGACUUCUUCAACCGCAUCAACCUCAUCUAUGGCACCAUGGCCGAGCGCUGCAGCGAGACCAGCUGCCCGGUCAUGGCCGGCGGGCCCCGCUACGAGUACCGCUGGCAGGACGAGCGCCAGUACAGGCGGCCGGCCAAGCUCUCCGCACCGCGCUAUAUGGCAUUGCUCAUGGACUGGAUCGAAGGUCUCAUCAACGACGAGGAGGUCUUUCCCACGCGUGUUGGUGUUCCCUUCCCCAAGAACUUCCAGCAGGUCUGCACCAAGAUCCUGACCCGCCUCUUCCGAGUCUUUGUCCACGUCUACAUCCACCACUUUGAUAGCAUCCUCAGCAUGGGGGCAGAGGCGCACGUCAACACCUGCUACAAGCACUUCUACUACUUCAUCCGCGAGUUCAGUCUGGUGGACCAGCGGGAGCUGGAGCCCCUGAGGGAGAUGACAGAGCGGAUCUGCCACUGAGCCCAGGCCUGGAUUCACUGGCCAUCAGAUGGACGAUCUGAACACAGGGUGGCUGGCAGAGGGGACCCCCAGGAGCCUGAAGGAAUCUGAAGGCACUGGAACCUCUCCACACACCGAAAGCCUCUGGACUUCUGGUUCUCAGGAGUCUGCCUACCUGUCACCCUGGCCUCUUGUGGGUGGAGAAGGGGAGAGCAUAUAGGCAGGCAAACAGAAGGGAAGUGGAGUUAAACCUCUGGCAUGACGUCUGGGAGUAGGGUAGGCUAGGGCGUUUCUUCUCUGACACUUGACCCUUCCAUGCUGGUUCCUAAGCUUAUUGGAAGAAUGUGGGUGUGGCUGAGGUGAUGACAAGAAAGAUGCAAGAGAGAGAGCAGUCUGCAUGUGAGUGAGCACAGAUGCCAGGGUGUGCGUGUGCGUGAUUUUCACUGUGGGGUGUGUCUGUGAGAGCUAGCUGCCUUACCCCUCCUUGGCACGUAGUAGGCCUUCCAUAAAUGUUAGCUGGAUGGCUAAAUAGAUUGAGACCAUCAGACCAUGAGACCAUCAGACCAUGACCACUGUAGGAGUGAUGACAGGUCAGUGUCCCCACUCAGUGUAUCUGACCAUGUGUGUAAGUGCACAAAAUGUGGUUGUGGAUGUUGCUCUGCAUUCAGACCUUCCAGGCUACACUCUUCCAUCAGCAUGAGUCCUGGCGAGCUAGGGCAGGUAGGAAGCGGAGCCUUGCCUUGAGUUUCUAAACCCUGACCCACUGCAGACACAGGCUCUGAUUUUCUCACCCAGAGAUGGCCCACGAGCUGCCAUUUUACUCAUCCCUCUGCCUCCAAGAAGGCCUGUAUUCUAGGUAGCCUUUUGGGGGUUGGAGAUGAUCCCUCAAGUACACAAAGGUCCCCUGAUCCUUCAGCUGGGAAUCAUACACUCCAGUCUAGCUCCCAGAAUCUACAGACCUGGCUCCUCAGAUCUGAAGCCCAGCAGAAAUUAAUCAUCUAGUCCAAGGAACUUGUGGAACUUGAAUUGGGAACUCUGGAGUCUUGUAUUCCAUCCCAGGACAUCGAAGAUGUAGGUGGUGAAUGGACUCUUCCAGGCAUGGAGAUCCUCCGUCCUAAAAGUACCUGCCUCCUUCCCAGCCAUCCCUGAGGCAUUCCAGCCAGCUGGAUCUCAGAGCACAGCUAUACACAGGGAGACUGGGAUGUUCAUUCAGCACUCCAUUACUCCUUACCUUCAUACACAACCCUAUGUUCAGACCCACAGGUGGGGAAACUGAGGCAGGAACAGGCUUCUGCCCUCCCAGAGCGUCCACUCUGGGAGGCCAGAAUGGAAAGCCAGAAGGGACCUGGGAAUCAUCCAGUCUCGGUGUACACAGGAGGAAUCUGAAGCCAGGAGAAGAGGAGGGAGAAACUGUCCAAGGCCUUCCAGGGAGGCGUUCAUGGAGCUGGAGAAACCAGAGAUCCUGCCCCAGGGCCUGUCAAUUGCUACACAGAGAUACACCUGGAAAGAGGGUUUAACAGGCCCUCUUCAGGACACAACUGUUCCUGCUUUGAGCAAUAAUUUCUAACCUGAUGCCAACAUGCCCCACUGCCCCUUGGGUUGGCUGGGGUUGUUUCCUGAGCCAAGCAUCCAAUAUCAUGCCCCUCUCAGUGGCCUAGAGGCUGCCUGCACUUUGGGGAAACAGACAGAGCUCUUGGGGCCAGCCAGCUGGGCCUGAGACUUCUGCCUCUGCCACCUCCAGAGUGGCCUGGCAGCUUCGCCAGAGGCUGUGGAGCGAGGGUAGUAGGAGCUUUCCCCAGAGUGCUGUGGCUUGCCAGAUGAAUUCUAGGCUAUGGCAAGGGCUGAUUUCUGGGUUGGGGGAGGGUAGGAAAAUUUAUUUUUAUGAAACACAGGGAAAACUUUAUUGUUGUUAUUUUUCAUAAAAUAAAAGGCAAACUAAAGCA